GCCAUUACAGGUUGUCAUAUGCACGAGUCCACUCAAUUCUGUUUCGCCGGUGAAGCAGAGUACGAAGUCUUGACUACUGCCACGGCUACCGAAGAACUGCCAUCAGAAUACACUGGAUGUCAUGCCCACGGAGCUGAAAUGUUCUGUUUCGAUCCCCAAGGUGAAGAAGUCGAGGUAAUUGCCGAGGAUGCUCACGAUGGAGCUUCUCAUGAGCAUGCAAGCGGUACAACUUCUCCAGCAGUGACUUCAGCCGCAGUGACCGAUUCUGUUGAAACACCCAAAGUGACAGCACUCAGUGGUUGCCAUAUGCACGAAACCCAGCAAUUCUGCAUGGGCCCUAGCGCUACAGAAUACCUCAUGAAGAUUCCUGCGACCGCGACAGGAGAACUGCCGACUCAGUACACGGGUUGUCAUGCUCAUGGGUCACAGCUAUUCUGCAUGUCGCCUGCCGGUAGCGAGGUUCUUGCUCAAGCACAGACGGCAGACGGAGAAGAACCAGCUGGAGAAGUUUCGGCUGAUGGAGUCAGUUGCCAUUUUCAUGCAGGUGUCGAGCAUUGUGUCGAUCAGAAUGGCAACACUGUCGAAGGCACUUGUGAAGCCGUCAACCGGGACUACAACAUCCCUCUCCGUAUUGGUCUCGUCUUUGCCAUCCUUGCCACGGCAUCCAUUGGUGUCUUCGGACCAAUCUUCCUCUCGCUCGGCCGAUUCAAGAAUGGUGGUGUUGCCAUGUCUAUCAUCAAGCAGUUUGGGACUGGCGUCAUCAUCUCGACUGCGCUUGUUCAUCUCUUCACCCAUGCAGAACUCAUGUUCGCAAAUCACUGCUUGGGUGGUCUCAAAUAUGAAGCCACGACUGCAGCAAUCGUGAUGGCGGGUAUUGUCCUUUCCUUCGUUCCUGAGUAUGUUGGGGCCAGAGUUUUCCUUUGGCGUCUGUCGAAGCAUGCCACUUCUGCAUCUCCAAUUCCUGACCAGGAUCAUGACCCGAAGAGAAAACUUAAAGUCAACAUCAUGGAAGCUGGCAUCAUCUUCCACUCGCUGCUGAUUGGUCUCACGCUUGUCGUUGCUGGUGACUCAGGGUUCAUCACUCUCUUCAUUGUGAUCGUCUUCCACCAAAUGUUUGAAGGCCUCGCACUUGGCUCCCGCAUUAGUGAUCUCCAGGUCCGGAUGGUGGAGAAACUCCUCAUGGCUACAGCCUUUGCCAUUGUCACACCGAUUGGAAUGGCGAUUGGUAUUGGUGUGCUGAAUCAAUUCAAUGGUAACGAUCCCUCAACCAUCAUUGCGAUCGGCACUUUAGAUGCAUUAAGUGCUGGAAUCCUGCUUUAUGUAGGUUUGGUGGAGAUGCUGGCGCAUGAUUGGAUGCAUGGAGAAUUGAGCAAAGCACCCAUAAGACACGUCGUACCAGCUGCCAUCAGUUUGAUUGCCGGACUAGUGCUGAUGAGUGUGCUUGGAAAGUGGGCGUAG